UCCAGUCACUGCCAACGUUCUUUCCUUUUCCUUCCUCCUCACUUUGCCUUCGCUCCCCCUGGUCCCCCACCACCACCACUUUUUUAUCUGCACCUGCAUUCAACCACUGGCUUUCUUCCCUUCAACCAUGCCUCCGUCAAAGAGAACCUCAUUACAGGCGGAAUCUUCUGCCUCCAAAGACCAGAAGAAGAAGAAAAACAAUACCACAACAGCUGCCGCACCAACGGCAACAACCGCACCAGAGGAGUCAGAGCCUAUGUCUCCUCGUAAUAGCAUCACGGUAGCACAUCGAACCAUGCCUCCUCCUCCCGCUACACGCGCUCGCAGCAGCAGCGCUAGCAGCAAGUCAGGGUCAAGUUCUCUUUCAUCCAGCCACAGCAGUCCGCCUCCAGUCAGUGUACCCAAGGAGAAGGCGAUGCCAACCCCAGUCUCGGACGAGGUGGAGAUGAGAUCUCCAACAAGUGCGAAGGCUGCUCCAGUAUCAACCAGCCCCAGUGCUAAGACUAACGGCAAUCCCGUGGUCAACUCCGAUACCAACGGCACUGUAGAUGACAUCCCGCCAGUGGUACACGCCAAGGGCACACUUCAGGUCAUCGCUCCCAGGAAGGCCCAGUCACAGAUGAUGCAACCAGCUUACUCUUUUGAGUUUUGCAACAAUAUCGAUGAGAUCACUGUGCGUCAACUGGAAGAGGACAUUGCUGCCUACCACAACGACAUGGCCUUUGUUCAAGCCCAACUCUCGGAUGAAACUCUGACCCCUCAAGAGUCCCGCACUUUCCAUCUGCGGUUGCUUGAUCUUGGCCACCAGAUUCGCCAUUGCAGGCACCGGAUCGAACAGAUUUCAUUCCAGAACCGCAAGAUGGCCAAACCAAUUGGUUAUAGCCGUCCUGCAUACAACAAUGCCGUUACCCCUAUGGUCCCAGCAGCGACAGCCGCAGCCGCAGCGGCUGGCGGCAUCAAUGGCACGUCCUUCUUCACCGCCAAGCAGCGCCCUGACGACACGGUGUCUUCGACGCCGACAACGUCGAAGCGCCCUGCUGAAGACGAUGAGGAUGAAGGAAUAACGGAUGGACCCUCCAAGAGAGCCAAGCAGUCCCCUUCACCGACCACAGUAGCCCAACUCACCGAAGAGUACGAUUUGAGCGAGAUCGAGAUCGUUGAUACGGGUGAAGAAGGCGACUUACCCGGCGUCAUCACUGUUCUUCAGCGUCUCGGGUUUUGGAAGUGCCGCCUCUGCUGCUCUCCCAAGUAUUUGCUCGCGGGCAGUGGUAGGUCACCGGCUGCGCCAUGCAAGUGGCCACUGAAGGACAUCAGCAAAAUGAUUACGCAUUUUACGGAAAUGCAUAGCGAGCAUAGCGUCAAUGAGCGUUGUUAUGAGUUGGGGAUUGCGCUGGCCAAGAAUCGCGGACCGUUUGAGUACUGGCUUCGGAGGACGAGGAAUCAGAAUAUUGGGGAUGGCAGGUGCCUUGACGAGGCGAUUUACAAGUUGGUGAAUGGGCAGAUGCCCGCUCUGUUGAGGCAGCACAGUCGGGCGGCAGCGGGGGUUGCUAUGGAAAACCUCAACACCAGCAGCAUGAUCUCUCUCACCACCUUCCUCACCAACACUCUGGCCCUCUUUGGCGCUGUUGUCCACACCGGCUUCGGCCCCGACGGCAAAACCAUGGUCGAUCUCACCUUUGACCUCCCCAUUAACCCGGCCGAGCCGAACAGCGCAAAGAUUAGCGUCACCGGCACCAUCGAGCAGGCCGUUGCAAAGAUGGAGGGGGAGUACCCCGGCUGGGACGCGACGUUUACGUCCCAACCUGGUGCCGCUGGUGGUGGUGGUGGUAGUGUCUCGAGAAUCUUUGAACCGGACCACUACGACUGCAAUGUCCCCGGGGAUGAGGACGCGUUGCAGGAGCAGAUCUUUGAGGGGAUUGAGUACCUCCGGAGGUUGAAUGAUACUGCCAGGAACGGGCCCGGGCCAGAGAAUUGUGGGAGGGUUAGUUGUAGUUGGAAUUCGGCUAUUAUUUGGUGUAAUAAUAAUGACUUUGAGAAGGAGCUUCAAUGGAGGGAUAUUGCUAAUGCGGCGGCGUAUGUUACUGUCAAGUGUGCGCUUGAUGAGACGGUGUAUGUCAAGGGGCAUGGUGAGUAUACUAAGGAAGGGUGGUAUGUGGUGUUGCGGAGGGAUUGGUGCUGA